UGUAAGCCUAUUUGGAUGUCCCCACGGUUCCCAUGCGAUGUAAACCAUUGUAACGCCUCAGGGAUCAUAUUUGAUUGCCGAGGGCGUCGAUUGAAGACAGUUCCUGCGGGGAUAACGAGUGAUGUAACAGAGCUGAACUUAUCCGAGAACCUUAUUCAGAACAUAUCCUGUGAUGCAUUUCCCAAUAUGAAGAAUCUGACCCUGCUCAAUCUCAACUGGGCAAACAAGAACCUAGGGAUGAACAUAGAGGAGGGUGCGUUUAAAAACCUAACAAAGUUAUAUGAGCUAAGGCUGAGCGGCAAUGGUCUGAGAAGAGUCCCCAGCAAUCUCCCCCCUAGUCUGAGAGUCCUCGAGAUAGACAACAACAACAUCCUGGUGUUGGAUAGCAAGGGCCUCUCUGGUAUCUGGAAAGUGACACAGCUGUUUUUAUCCAGAAACUGUUAUUUCUGGAAUCCCUGCGGCAAGCAUUUAACCAUUACGAACAACAGCUUUUCGGUUAUGACCCAACUGCUGAUUGUGGACUUGUCUCAUAACAAUUUAACUCGAGUUCCAAAGGGACUGCCAGAAUCGGUACACACAUUAGAGCUGAGUUCGAACGGAAUACAGUAUAUCUUUGAGGAUGAUUUCCGUGGUCUGCCAAACUUAAAAAUCCUUAAAUUGCAGGGGAACUGUCCCAGAUGUGAAACUUCCCCAUAUCCCUGCGUCACCUGCCAUAACAUUUCCCUCGGCAUCCACCCUCGUGCAUUUGCAAACCUCCGCCUACUCGAGACCCUCCACCUAGCGGGCAACUCGCUGACGUCGCUCGAAACCUCCUGGUUCGAGAACCUGAGAAAUCUCAAAGAACUCUUCCUCUCAUUUAACUUCCUGAAAAAUGCUAUCACGGGUGAGGUGGACUUUUUAAGCUAUCUCGCUAGGCUGGAGAAGAUUGAUCUUUCGUUUAAUUUCGGUCUCAAGUCCUACCCUAAAACGAUCAAACUUUCCCAGAACUUUUCGCAGUUGUCGUCUCUGACGACGUUACAUUUGGAGGGUUUAGUUUUCAAAGAGAUUGGACCGGACACGCUCAGCCCGCUUCACGCGCUCAGAAACCUCUCCGCGCUGAAUUUAGGAACCAACUUCAUUGUGCGCUCCAACAGCGCCACGUUCAGCAAAUUCUGCCAUCUGAAAAUGAUAUACCUGGCAGAAAACAGACUGUACCCCAUUUCGGUCACGGCGACUCAUGCAGACGCUGGCCAGGGCGACCAGCUGAGUUCUGGCUCUUCCUCCCCCCUACUGUUAAGACCCUAUCCCAAAGACCAAAAUUACAAGCUUUCGCACGGACUCAUUAAGCAAGAGUGCUUUGACUCGGGUCGAGUACUAAUCCUGAGCUCAAACAACCUCUUCUUCAUCAGUCCAGAACAGUUCAGGGGCUACGGGGACAUUGCGUGUCUCAACCUGUCGGGAAACGGAUUUUCAGCAGCGCUUAAUGGGACCGAGUUCUCGUCAUUACCUAAUCUGACAUAUCUGGACCUGUCGUUUAACAAGAUUGAUCUGGCCUACGACAACGCCUUCAGGGAGUUAAAGCGACUGGAGGUACUUGACCUGAGUUACAAUGCCCACUACUUUGUGGCGUAUGGGGUGACACAUAAUUUGAACUUUCUGAGAAACCUGCCCGCUUUGCGAGUGUUGAACAUGAGUCACAACAGCAUCUCGACGUUAACGACAAAGGCGAUGUGCAGCAACUCCUUAAGCGAGCUCCAGUUUCAGAACAACAACCUGGGCACUCUGUGGAAAGAAAGGGACGGCUCAUACGACCAGCUUUUCACCAAUCUCACCAAUCUGACCAUCCUCGAUAUCUCCUUCAACAGCAUCACUAACAUUCUCGACAGGGUUUAUGAAAAUUUACCCCGUAAUCUUACGAUACUGCGCAUGAGUCACAAUUCACUCACUGAAUUCAAGUGGGGUCAACUGAAGGGUUUUAGACAAAUUCACAUCUUAGAUUUAAGCUUUAACUCUUUAUCUUAUGUACCAGCCAUACUAUCGAACGUCAGCCAUACCCUACGCUUGCUAGAUCUGAGUUAUAACCACAUUUACCACUUGUCCAACGGGUUUUUAAAUGGCACUGAAAGCCUUAAGACUCUGUACCUUAGCCACAACAAGCUGACUAUCAUCAAUCAAUCCACCUUUUCAUCCAAAGCCGAAAAUCACAUUGAAACUUUGUACUUGCAGGGAAACCCACUCCAUUGUACCUGUGAUUCCCUAGAUUUCAUUCUCUGGAUUGAAGAUAAUAAAAACGUAAAGAUCCCAAGGCUGAUCACCGAGGUGACGUGCGAGACGCCAGCGAACAAAAAGGGCCAACCGAUUAUCCUCUUUGAUAUUAAUCAGUGUGUGAAUGACAGUGAGGCAUUUUUUAUCUGGAUCCUUUCAAGCACCUUCAUUGUGGCUACCAUGGUGGUUACAACAAUAGCUCACAUAUUUUACUGGGAUGCCUUCUAUGUCCUUUACUUCCUCAGAGCUAAAUUGAAGGGCUACCAUUCAUCGAGCUCUUCGGACAGCGUGUACGAUGUGUUUGUGGUUUACGACACCCGAGACCCCCAGGUAUCGGAGUGGGUGUUGGGGCAUCUGCGGACGCAGCUGGAGGAAGAUGGGGACAAAAGCCAGCCCCUGUGUUUGGAGGAGAGGGAUUGGCCCCUCGGCGUACCCUUGGUAGACAACCUGACUCAGAGCAUCCGAUACAGUCGCAAGACCCUUUUUGUCUUGACCGAGGCCUACGUCAAGACCGGGGUUUUCAGGCUGGCGAUGCUGCUGGCGCACCAAAGGCUGCUGGAUGAGAACGUGGAUGUGAUAGUGCUGCUGAUGCUCGAACCCGUGCUACGGCAGUCACACUUCCUUCGCCUGAGGAAGAGGCUGUGCGAGAGAAGCGUCGUGGAGUGGCCGAGAACGGCAGCAGCCGAACCCUGGUUUUGGCAAAAUCUGAGGAACGUCGUCAGAGUCGACAACCAGAUGAUGUACAACAAGACCUACUCCAAGUACUUCACCAAUGAGUGAAGCAAGUAAAGCAGGAUUGAGACUGUUGUAUUUUAUUUCAGGUUCCCCUCAUGGGCAACCAACUACAUUCUAUUUGGUUCAAGCCAUUGCUGUGUCACGUGCGGCGGCCCUCAGAGGACAGCCGAGGGAUUUAUCACUCUGCCA